GUGCUUCUUUUUUUUUUUUUUAAGUUGCUGGAAAAUUAAUAUAUUCAUGCUACAUUAUGAUAGUAUUCAUUGCAUAUUUGUAUGCAUGAUUGCGAAUAUCAUAAGUAGUAAUUUCUUGUUAUCUUAGACUUCCUUUUCGGGUAUCAGAUCUUGAUUUUCAUCAUCUUUUGUCUCCGGAAGUUCUCUGGAGGUAAUCCCUCUCCCUUUAUUCGGCUCACCUGUACCUGCAUGCAAAAAAGAUAACGAAGACAGAAAAAGAAUGCCCGCAGAUCAGAUGAUUUUUUAAAGCAAAAGUUGUUAGAGAUUGCCAUAGCAUUAAGAUCAUCAAUUGCUUGGAAGAAAUAUGCAUGAAUCUUGAUACUCUGAAUCAUGGUAGCGUACACUGACCUUAAUUUCCUGAUGGCAAUAUCAUUGUCAUUUACAGUUUACACCAUAGACAAGUUGUUUGAUAUCUAUUUAUUCUUCAAUGAGUAGCAUGUGUAGUUUGUUUAACCAACAUUUUCUAUCCUAAACUGUUUUGCACACUAUCAGCAUUGAGAGAAGGCACAUCUCUUUUCUUUCUUGCUUGGAAUGUUUCGUGUUUCUUUCUUUGAUUGAGGAUUUCCCGUGAUAAAACUUGGCAGGUUCAUAGGCAUCCUUGGCUCUGUUUCUGGUGAGAACCCCAAACAUGUUCUUGAAUUCAUGGGCUACACAAAGUUUUUCACAGUCUUGUCGUUUCAAAUUUUGUUCGUGUACAAAUUUUCACCACAUCUGGAAUUGCAUGGUUUGCAGACCGCAGUCUUCAUCUUUACUCAGAUUGGGAGUCUGUGCUGAAUCUGCUGUUUAAACAAAUUCUACACAGAACUUGGAGCAGACAUGACGAAACACUGGAAGGACUCCAUGAAGUUAUUUCGAAGUCAUAUCGAUCCUGAAAUGGAAGAACGACUGAACUGGACAAAACUAGGUAAAUUUUAUAGCCCAGAACAACCUCAACCCUUACAGUAUUAUCGGAGGUUGUGGGGUUCUUCCAUACUGAACAAUUCAAUGCAAUUUAAAGCUCACCUGCCAGAUCAAUGUUAUCCUCAACGUCGAUUUUUGUGGUAUACAGAAUUGCAACGGGUACGCAGUAAGUUUGCCUGUCCUGUAUGAUGGGGGUAGUACUGUUAUGAUUGUUGAAAUUGGUAGCUAUAAAUCCAUUUUCUGAUGAAGAUUAUGAUGUGCUUCAUCAUAGUACUAUAGUAGUGCAAACGUCCUCUAUGCCAAAGAACUUUGCUAGAAUGGGAGAGUUCUUUCUUUGUGUACUUUCACAAGAAAUAGAGGUUUGGAUUGCUCAUAAUGCAGAGGCAGCAAGACCAGAACACGCAAAAUAUUGAUAGGCAACUCUCUGUUGCUAAUUUGGCCGAACAUUAGAAAAGGGUAGAGGUUUUUAGAAGUAUGGCAUACCAUAUCAAGUGCGUACCUGUAUUCCAUGAUGGUUCUUGACCAAAAUGAAUGCAAAAGUAGCCCUUAUACUUAGAUAGUCUGAAACCAAAAACUACAUGAUGGAGUAAGGCAAAAUUCCAUGGUUGUAGCUGUUUACUUUCUGCCUGUUGUGAAAAUUCUGUUUUCUUUCAGAGCAAUGGUAACUAAAAGGCAUAACAUUUAGACCUAAAGACGGAAAGCCUCAGAGAUGGCAUUACGCAUAUCAAAGAGCUUGCACCUAUUUCCUAACUGAUGCUUCCUUCACCGAACACACCUGUGUAAAAGAUUUUGGCAAAUGUGACCGUAUGUGAUUUGUACAAUAUAAGCAUAGAGUCACUUCCUUUUUCUCCCCGUGAAUUUUUGGAGAGUUAUUUCAUGUUCUGUAGGCCAUUCAUGCAUUAUGUCUACAUUAUCACACAACAUUUGUUUUUGUGCAGAAACUGAGAACAAGGUCAAAAGGUCUUUGAAGCUUAUUAAGAGCAUCAACCAAAACAGAGAAGCGAAUCUAAAGAAAAAGAUGGAACUUACUCAGCUCGUUGAGGAUAUCCACAAAGAGUACCAAUCCAUUUAUGCCCUCUAUGAUAAUAUCAGAGGCGAAGUAAGGAACAAAGUGCAUGGAAAAGAUGAAUCAGGUUCUUCUUCUUCUUCAUCUACUUCUUCCUUGGGGUCCAACUCAGGUACAGAAUAUUAUACACCAGAGGAACUAAAUGCUAGAAAUGCGGUACCUAAUGUUGAGCUUCAAAAGGUAAGGAAAAGUGACAAUCGAAAAUGUGAAGAUUCAGAUCCAGAAGAUGCCAUCUUAAAAGAUAAAUUGACCUCCACCAGUGAAAUUAAGAAAUCCCCAAGCGUGGACUCAUUAGUAUCUCUUCACGAAGCACCACAAUCAAGUGUAAUUUUUAAAGAUCUAAGGAUUCAAGAAGAGCAGUCUCAAAGCGUAAGACAAAAGUUACUUGAUGAAUGUGCACAGUUAAAGGAAAAAUUGCAUGAGAAAGAAGAGGAGAUAGUGUCCAUCUCCAAGAAACUCCAAGCUUUUGGGGACCAAAAAUUGUUUGAGAUAGAGGAGCUAGAGAGGCAGGUGACAAGUCUGAAGCUUGAGCUGGAAACAGUGACCUCGCAGAAAAAGACCUUAGAAGAGACAGUUGAGACCAAGUCUAAUGAAGCUAAACAGAUGGGGAAGGAAAAUUCAAGACUACAAAUUCUGAUCAGAGAACUUGAAUCACUAUCAAAAGAGAAAGAAACUCAAAUUUCUUCUCUUCUUGAGAAAUUUGAAGAAGACAAGAAGCAGUCACUGUCUAAAUUUAAGGACCUGAUGGCACAAGCCAGUGAGCUUCAGCUGGAAGUAGAUAGUUUGCGCUCUCAGAAACGCAUAUCAGAAGAGCAAUUGAUGCAUGCAACGAAUGAAGGAUCUAAUCAAGUCAGUAGUCUAGUAAAACAGGUAGAGUUUCUGCAACAGCAACUCGAUUUCAUCAGCAGCCAAAAGUCUGAGUUGGAGUCGCAACAUAAAAAUAAAUCUCUAGAAGCAUCAGAAUGCUUUAUACAGAUGGAAAAGACGAGAGAUAAAUUAACAGACAAGGCCUUAAAUGGGCAAGAGAUAACAGAAGACGAGGCCUGUCUAAAAGUAAAGGUAGAAGAGUUGGAGCAGGAGAUACGUACAAUAUCCAGUCAGAAGAUUGAAUUGGAAGAUCAGAUAAUUAGCACAAAGAAUGAAGCAUAUCAUCUAAAAGUUGACAAUGAGAAUCUCCACAGAAGAAUUUUCGUCUUGGAGACAACUGUGAAAGAGAGAGAACAUGAGCUAUGUGCCCUUCAAAAGAAAAUUGAGGCUCAGGAAAAUGAUAUGUCAACUCAGAUUAAAUCAUUAACAGCACAGAUAAACAAUUUCCAUAAAAAACUGGGAACCUUGCACGAUGAGAAAAGCGGCCUGCAACUGCAACUUGAGCAGGAAAAACAAGUUUCUUCUGAGAGCCUAAAUCAUAUGGAGAGAAAGAACAUCGAAUUGACAAAGAAGAUUGCAGAUCAGCAAAAAACUGCGGCAGGGCUGGAGGAAGCUGUCAACAUGUUGAAUAUGGAACACAAACAAGUCCAAAAUAGAUUUGACGAUUCCAAGUUGAACUUCCAGAUCGCAGAGAGGAAAAUAGAAGAAAUGGCCGAAGAGUUCUUCAAAAAAUGUGGGGACAAUCUCCGCAUCUUGAGCCGGAGAAUCCGAGUUGCAGAACAGUUGCAUGUUGAGAACAAAGAAUGGUACGAGAAGACGAAAGACAGGUAUGAGCAACAAAACAAGGAGCUCAAAGAAAGGGUAGAAAAUAACAAAGUUUGGCUUAGCAAUAUCAAGGAUAUGACCCUGACUGCAGACAGCACACUGUCAGAUUUGGAUGCUGUUGCUCUAAAGUUUGAAGGCUGCAGUGCAAACUUCCUCAACCGAAUCUCCAAAGUUUCUUGUGAACUUAAGUUUGCAAAAGACUGGAUCAAGAGGAAGAACAAAGCAAUGACACACGUCAAAGAUGAUCUAGAUUGCCUACUUACGCAGCUGGAUCACAAGGAAGCUGAGAUAUUAGUAUUCCGAGAGAGAGUCUGGAAAUCAGAGAAUAAAGUCAGAGAACUGGAGAAAAUGAUCACAGAGAACGAGGAAGCGAUGUUGGCCCUAAAGGAAGAAAAAAGAGAAGCAAUAAGACAACUGUGCGUCUGGAUUGAUUAUCACCGCAGCCACUCUGAUUAUUACAAGAAAAUGAUAUCUGAUAAGACACUUCAACGCAGGAAAACAACUUGAGGGAUUCUAGUUUUUUGCCUUUCAGUCAAAAUUUCCCAUCUUUAGUCGAGGAUUCAAAAGCAGAGUUUUGGAUCAUAGGCUUCAUUUUGGGAAUACUACAUGAUAGGUGUAUGUUAGCAUAGCUUGGUCUAGUGUUCCAAACUGUAUCUAGCAGGGAAAGUGAAUCAAGCUUCAAGCUCUGAUUGUCAACUAAAAAUUCUUUACCCUUGUUGCUACUGAGUUUGAUGGAAGCUAUUAUCA